UUUGUAAAAUUUAUUAGCAUAAUCGUGUUAUUUAAAUAGCACCAAACAUUUUGGCGCAUAAUUUCAAAAACAAAAAUACAGUUGAAAGUGAGGACUAAAUAGAAGAUGGUGAGAAGAGAAGAGUUGCUAGGGUUACUGGAGCAGAACAAUGCAGAUGACAUCAUAAAGUUUGUUAUUCAGUGUAGAGCUGAUGGAGCAAGCGUCCUAUCUGACACAUUGGCAAGCUGUAGUAAAAAACAACUAGAUUAUCUCUGGGACAGAGUUUAUACUACCUUCUCCCAGUGUCUUCUUGUUAUACCUGAAGAUUUAGAUUCUGAAGAUGGUGAACAGACAAUAAAGGUUGUAGAAUGUGUGACAGGACUUUUGGCGGCCAUGUUGGCUCAAAAGGAAGUUCAUGUUCCAGAAGGGAUGAUUCAGGUGGCCAGUGUUUUACAAGAUGUACUACCAGGAAUGCCAGUUUCUAAAGAUAAGGUGAAGAACAAUGUGACACGAGUGUUUGAAGACUGGUGGAAGAAAGGUCUGCCCAACAAGGAAGGUCUGGUUAUGUCAAGUUUUGUAUACAUUGUGGGGAGAAGCUUGGACCUGAGACCUAAACCAUUGGUUGCAGAUUUGAAGAGGGUAUGGUCCUUGCAUGAGGUUGUCCAGCUGAUUGAGAUGAAUAAUGAAAGUAGUAAUGAGUUCAAAACCUUGUUACUGCGCUGUGUCAUCUCACCACAGUAUAUGCAGCAUGAUGAGGGCAUAAAAUUUUUAGGAUACAUACUAACAUUAGAUGAGAGAUUUACUGGAUUGAUUCAUACCACCAUCAAAAACCAUCUCCUAUCAGUACCCAGAUCAUGGUAUGUUAAAUAUGGAGAAAUAUAUUUCCGAGCAUGGCAGUCUGGUUCCGUGACUCAGAAGAUAGAGCAAGACUGUAUCCAGGACCUGAUAUAUCACGCUGUGCAUGCCCAACCUGCACUAGCUCCAGCCUUGAAGAAAGUAUUGAGCUAUAUUCAUGGUCAGAAGAAACAGCGAGAUGUAGAUGAUUUGUUGUUUAGACUUUACGAACCCAUAAUCUGGAGGUCACUGACGGCAGCAAACAGUCAAGUUCGGGCGAACUCUGCUGCAUUAUUUUGUGAAAUAUUCCCGCUACAAAGUCCAGAACUUUCUGUCAAGGAAUCUGAUGAUCUAAUUCAGAAACAAUUUGAACAGUUCCAGAAAAUGCUUGAAGACCCGUUUCCAAAUAUUCGAAGUUUGUCAGUUCUGGGAGUAUUUCGUGUUAUGGAGAAGUAUUGGGAGAUGAUUCCGCAGGACACUUUGAAGAGCCUCACUGUGAAACUAGUUCAGGAUAAUCUCGCUGAUUCGAGUUCUGCUGAUGUACGGGAAAGUGUGCUAAAGGGACUGGCAAUACUCCUGGACAACCCACUUUGUCAUUUAUUCUUGAAGCCAGUUUUACCGGAGAUCCGGAACUCAUUUCACGAUGUUUCAGAGAAGGUCAGGGUAGCGAUGCUAGAACUUCUUAAGAAAGUGAAAAGCCUAAGAACUAUCAAAUACUGGAAUGUUGUACCAAUUGAGCAUCUGUUAGCGCGUCUAGCUGUCGACAGUGAUCCUGUUAACAGGAGGAUUAUGACACUCAUAUUCAGCAGUUUUGUGCCAAUAGAUGCCUCAAAUGAUGAACAAUUAGACAGAUGUAUAGCAUUGAUACAAUCCAAUCCUGUAGCUGCCAGACAGUUCUUCAGAUAUGCACCACAACACAUGUCCCUGACUGAUACAGUGAGUUAUAUUUCGAUGUUGUGUAAGGCAGUUCUAGCCAGUAUGAGAAAAGCUGGUGUAUUCCAAGACAGAAAUAAUACCAAUCAGGAGAAUAUGAGUGACGAAUCUUCUGUGAAAGAAUCAGACAUUGAUGAUGUUGAUGAUGAUGACGGUGAUGAUUUAAAGAUAUCUAAUACACCAUUGAUGAAAGGUCUGUUUGAGGCUAUCUGUAUACUUUGGACUGUCAGUGAUAGCCAACUGAAGAAGGCAUCAAAUGCCCAGUUGAAUAAAGCUUUGCAGAAGAGAUUUAGCUAUGCCUUGCCUGAAAUGAUUAAAGCUUUUACAGAUCCAGAGAUCAUAUGUGUACUGGUACAGAUUGCUGCAUUUCUACCAGCAAACUAUAUACCUACUUUAAGUCGAACCUGGUUACCAAAGUUACGAAACAUGACGGCAGACAAUAAAGAGGAAGAUUUUGCGGUGCUUUUGGAAUCUCUGUGCAGAAAUGGUCGUGGUGCUGAAGUAAUUGAAUUGUUAACAGAGUGGCUGUCGACAGAACUGGGGGAAAAUGAUGAACAUGUACCUGUAAAGAAAACAAAAAAGAAGAAAGUUGGAUUUGUGGAACCAAAAGUAGCCCAGCCACAACUUGCACUGAACAUGCUGUCCUAUCUACAGAAGGAUUCUGUCACACAGGACAUUUUACUGAGAGACCAUACACAAGACAUUGCCAAUGUUAAAAAUAUUCUUAAGCAAUGUCUGGGUAAGAUAGAGAAUUUACUUGGUGGUGGAUCUAGUCAGGUAAAUACUGACCACUCUCUAAUGACGGCAUCAUUUACACUCUACUGUAAACUGACUCUUCUUCUUCAUUCAAAAGAUAGCAUAGGUUACAGCUGUGUUCAAGAGUUUGAGGAGCUGCUUGGAUGGACAGACAAACAUGCCUUGCCGGUUCUAGGUGUCAAGUUAGAGGCAGAUUGUGAUGCAGAGAAACAGGCUAACAGGAAGCUGGUUUAUGAUAUAAUAUGUGUUUUGUUGAAUAUAUUCAACACAAUGAUGUUACUUGGUGUAGGUGACAGCUCACUGUGCAACAAACUUGUCGACUUUUGUACGUCAUGUCUGGUAGCAGAUCAAGAUCUAGAGUUACUUCCCCUGGCAAUGUUGUGUAUUUACCAAGUGACAGAGUUUCUACAGUAUCAGUCCGAGCAGACCGAGGAAUUAAACAAUACAAUAUCAAAUGCUUUCAGUAGAAUUCUUAUCAUCAUAGCAGGCUAUGUGAAAAACAAUGAGGUUAACAGCCGAAAGUUACUUGGAAACAUAAAAGCACAUGUUGGAGAACUGAUAAAAGUGAUAUUUGGACCUCUGCCUUUGGACUCCACACUGGUACAUGAUGUGAUGGGCACAAUUUUGGCAGCCGUUCUUGCUGAACUUUCCUCUUAUAGUCAAAAUGAUGAUUUAGCAGAGAGUCCAUCAUUUGACACAUUACCUCCCCUUUCUGGAUGGCUUCUGGAUAUACUCACGAAAAAGAAACAUUUAAACAAAUUUUUCCUGGAUGAGUUGAUAGAUUGUGCAGAGUCAGGAGCUAUCAGUGACCUUCACAAGAUGCACGGAACCAUACAACUUCUUUGUUGUGCGGCAACAUGUAAAUCAUCUGAAAAUGAAACAAAAGAACUAUUGACCAUUAUAAACAAACAGAUGGACACACUGAAAGAGGGUUUAACUGAGGAGGGUAAAGAUGACCUCAGGUCUGUGAUACUAGCAUUGGAGGAGAAGUUAAAGAAUUGUCAGCAAGAUAUACAAGUUGUAGAGUCCUAACAUUUUACAAAUUUUAUUCAAGUCUUAUGAAAGAAGAGACAGACUGUUUUAUUAUUUACUCAUCAAAAUUUGUUAUGGAUAUUUAUCGCUUUCUACCUGUAUAAGUUGAUUUACAUGAUUUUCAGUUAAAAAUUACGAACCCUCCUUGGCAUGUAUGCAAGUGGCUGUA